AUGGGUGAUCUUACUGUAGAAUACGGUGCGACGAUUACGAUAGAAACUGGCGUCAGGAUCUAUUUUGACACUGGGGUUGGACUGAUCGUCAAAGGGGCCAUUAGAGCUGUGGUGAGUGAGAUUAUGACGUCAUUUUAAGCUUUAAUGACGUCAUUUUCACAUAUUUCAUGACGUCAUUUUUUAUAAAAACUGUUUCAUGAUUUUUUUUUCUGCUCUUAAAAAUUUUUCGAGAAGUUUAUUGGUUUUUAAUGACGUCACUUUAAUUUCCGUUUUGAAUUUAUGACGUCAUUCUCACAGUAUAUCGUUAAAUUUCUCGGUGAAACGGUAAUGUGACGUCAUUUAGAGCUAAAGAUGGCGUCACCUUAACAGUUAAACUAAGUUAAACUAAAGGCUUAACUAAUUUCAGGGGGUCUUCCCCAUUUCAUGACGUCAUUUCAUUGAAAUGUCUAACGUCCUCAGACUCUUCACUUCUUGAAUUCAUUCAUAGAAUUUUUGAAAGUGAUUUUUCCGUUUUUUUUUUUACGUCAUUCCAAUCUUUUUCUCAUGGAUGACGUCAUUUUCAUGCCGUUUUUUAGGGUUUGAUUCCGUUGAAUUCCAGUAAUGACGUCAUUUUAAUCUUUUCUUGAUGUCAUUCCAACAUUUUUCUUGCCAUUAAAGAUGAAUUUUAUUUUCAUUUCUCAGAAUUUUCAUCUUUUUUCUUUAGUUCCUAACGUUCUUAGGGUUGGAUUCCCUUAAAAUUGAAUAAUGGCGUCAUCUUUUUUCAACUUGUUUUUUAAACUGAAUAUUUCGAAUGAGUUGGAAUUCCUUAUUUUUGAUUUUUGAAUUUGAUUCUUCCAACUUAAAAUUAUUUUAUGGAGGGAAAAUUAGGAGACAGACGACCCAAUAUCGAUUUUUCUUCCCAGUCAUACCUAUUUUUGUUGACUCUUCGGCUAACAUAAGGCUGGGUUGUUGCAUGUGAAGGGGGACGGAUAUACUUUGUUUGGUUAGAACGAGCCGAUCCGCGAGUAAAUAGUGAAAAAUGUUCGGUUUCUAGGGAGAUUUCUGAGGAAAAUUUGCGGAUUGAUAGAAAUUUUUGUUCCUCAAGAAAAUAUUGAUAGCUCUGUUCAUAGUAAUAAAACUAUCUGGAUUUAAAUUUUUGAAAAAUAUAUAGAAAUUUAAUUUUUUCCCUCACAAAAGCUCCCGAAUGGCUCUGUAAUUCAGACACGAAAUAUUUUUUGGUAAAAACCGGGUUACGGUAAGCAACUUUGUGUCGCACUGCCUUGGCGCGAACUCCAAAAAAAUAUAUUUUUCUCGGAAAUAUAAAUUUUUUUGGAUUUAAAAUAAAUAUUUAAGGAUCAAAACCAUGUUUUACUGACCUUUAGAAAAAAAGAAAAAUUUUCACAAAAAGCUUUUUCGUGUUUUUUUAAAGGAGCAUGGACUGAUUUAAUAAAGGUCUCUAAGCGAAAAAAACGUAAUUUUCAUGGAAAUUAAGGACUUUUUACCUGUUCAAUAAUAAAAAGGAUUCCUGAAAGAGAAAGUAUGAAUAAAAGUUCAAAUUUUCAGGGAAACGAAUGGGCCCACAUCCAGAUGCUCCCCUAUCAGCAGCAGAUCAACUACGACUCGGAAAUGCCCGAUUUUCGGCUUGUCGACGGCCCGACAGUCCGCCAAGGCCGACUUCAGGCCCGUUUCAGGGACCGGUGGCGAUCUGUCUGUACUAUGCUCACCAAGUAAACAUUUUUUCUAGUUUUACCCAAGUUUUUUGAAGAUAAUUCCUGGGAAAAUAACUAUAAUAUUUUCCUUUGUUUCGGUUUAUUCACGAAAUUUAAUGAAAAAUUAGCAAUAUCAUGUCUUAAAAUAGUUGUUUCAACUUUCUUGUCUGUUAAAAACGUGAAUUCGACGAAAACGACGCAAAAAUAAUGUUUACAGCUGGACGUCCGUCGACACCACUACGGCGUGCAAAUCGAUGGGAUAUUCGGAUGGAGGUUUUUUAAAAAAAAUUAAUUGAUAAAAAUCGAAAAAUUUUGUACAAAAUUAUUCAAUAAAAUUGGAAAAAGAAUAUUGAAAAAGGAGCGCAAAAAUUGGAAAUAUUACUGUACUGAGUGAUUACGCAAUCGACCCUCUUUCUCUUUGCACUAGAAGCACUCGAUUCGACGCGCAGCGUUCACGUCUAUUUUUUUUUAGUUCCUUCACGUUUUUAAUAUUAUUUUUUCUUAAUUUUUUUACAUGUCUUUUGAUUUUUCGGUUUAUUAGGUCUUCAUUGAGACAUUUUCAAUAAUUUUAUGCAAGUAAGUCGGAAUUCAUGUCAUCAUUCUUCAAAAGGGAAAUUCAUUCGUUUUGACUUAAAGUUGAAAAAAACAGAAAUAAGUGUUAUUUUUUUGAAGCUCGAUCCAUAGUAGAGAAUAUAUGAAGCAGAAAGAUCGUUGGAAGUUCGAAAAUUGCAGAAAUAUAAUACGAAAUGAUUGUUUGGAUUCAAAAAAAUUGUAGAUUUUCCGAAUAAUUCUCCACGAAUUUGUUUUUUUCAGCUUUCUGGAAAUGGUAUCUCCGAAACAACGACACCUAUCCAAUGGCGAUGCCAUAUCCGGAUUGUCAUAAAGGAGCCCGAAAUCUAUGGGAUUGUCCUGGAUUCGCCGAGGAGAAUAAUAUAAGGUGAAAAAGAUGAUUUGUUGGUUUCACAAGGAAAGUCAUUUUUUGUUUUUUUUUAAGAUUGCUCAACAAACACUGAAAUUCAAGAUAAAAUCGACUUUUUGAAAUCGUUUCGAAACGUAUCUUUCCGAGCUGAAAAAGUUCAUUUUGAAGUUUUCCGCUGCGUUCUCACGUGGAUUUUUGAGUGUAAAAUUUAUUUUUCGAUGAGAAAUUCUUGUUAUUUUAUCAUUUUCUCGUUUUUAGAUGUUAGUUAUUUGAAAUUUAGGUCAUCAAACUUCUAUAGGCGAAGUUUUCUUGAUUUUUGAUUUUUUUCACGUAUUCCAACCUUUCAGUUUAUUUUUAAGUUUAGGGUUGCCAAAAUGGGAAACUUUUCAAGACCUUAUUUUUUGAGAUCUCUGAGUUUUUUGAUGUUCAGGCUGAGUGAAAACUUGUGCCAAGGCGAAGACGAUUUGGGAAUUUAUUGCUGGGGUCCGCCGAUUUUUCACCGGAUGGGCUAAACAUUGGAAAGGUUCAUUUUCUAAUUUUUUUGUUGUUUUAAAUUAUUCGGAAAUGUCUCAUUUUUUUGUAGAAAUGUUGAUUUUUGGUCCUGUUUUUGAUAUUUUUUUGGAUUUGUAUAUUUGCAAUAGUUUUUUUCGAUUUUUUUAAUAGCCACUUCAAAUUUUUUUGUAUUCCUGAUUUUCUAGGCAUCUUUUUAAUUUCAUUUAAAUGAGCACUUGGGGUUUUUAAAAAAAUACUUGUACGAUCAUUUUUCAUUUUUUUGGCGGAUUUUUUUGAAUCUUUAAAAAAAGAAAAAUUUUGCCUUUUUUUGGCUUUCAGUUUCUUUAAAUUUAGGCUUUCUUCAGAUUAUUUUCAUUCGAAUUGUUUUUUUAGGCCUCCAAAUAUUCAACUCACCUUUUACCUACGUGAAUUCGGAUCCGGAUAUGGUUUCCGUGAAUCGGGAAUCUUACAGUCGAUUGGAAUUUAUCGAUAUUCUUUUUGCUGGUUAUGAUGGGUGGGUUUGUAGCUUAUUUUGUGCCAGCUUGUCACGUUUUUAUCUCCCUCCAAGCUACACAAGUCUCGCAGGAAGCUUCUUAUCAAUGCGCGAGUGCUGCCUGUGAGCAUGCGUCUUUAAUUUUGCUCCAAAAUGUUUUUAAUAUUAAAGGCGCAUACAGACAGACAUAUCGCGCGCAUUGAAGCGAAGGUUUUGUUUUGUCUCCCAGUAUGCGCCUUUAAUAUUAAGAAAUAUAAGGUUAUGUUAAAGAGAUGGUUUUGGCCGGUAUAUAAGCAUGAGCCUUUAAUAAUAUGACAACUUUAAGCUAAAUUAAAGACGCAUGCUCAGAGACAUGUUUUGCGCAUCGAAGGGGAUUUUUUUGAGUCAUUAGUGAGUAAGUCAAUUUCUUUGAAAUUUUUUUUUUAAAGGCGCAUGCUUAAAAACAGGCCGAAUUUUAUCAUUAUGUAUGCGCCUUUAAUAAGACGAAAUUCUAAGACUUAGUUAAAGGCGCAUACAGAGAGACAGACCGCGCGUAUCGAAGGAACGGGUUUGGCUUGUCGCUGAGCAUGCGCCUUUAAUAUACGGAAAUUUUAGGCCUAAUUAAAGGCGCAUGCUCAGGCCGCGCUUUGAUAUAACGGCAAUUAUUAUGCGUUAUUAAAGGCGCAUACCUCGAGAGAGGUCGCGCGCACCGGAGGGAAACCUCCCGGAAGGGCUCUGUAGCUCGGAAGAAAAUGAAAUCGUGACACUCUGGCACGGAAUAGGCUAUAAUACUGGUUCAAAGUUGCAAAUCUUUAAUUUCAGGGUCACAAAAAACACGACAUCGGCCCUGUAUAUCGAAGGUGUUCCCCCGAUUAUGAAUGGCUUGAGGGUCGAGAGAAGCGCUCGGGACGGAUUGUGGCUCUAUGAAACGACUGGUAGGGACUAAACAUUUGAUUGAAGUUUAGGUUUCUGAAAAGAUUCUUCUGGAAUAGUGAUUUUAUUAAAUUCAAUGUGAGUGAGGCUAGAAAAAAUUUUUUUCUCAACAUCUUUCAGAGUUUUUUCUAGAAGUUAAAAGUCUGAUUCUCUGUGCCCUCUCAUUUUUACGCGCUUUUCUCAAGUUUCUAUGACCUCAGAGGUUAGGGAGAAGAGAGCGCAGACAGGUCAGCUUUCAGCAAAUCAUUGGAAUGACCAACCGUUUGAAAUAAAAAUCCCAAGAAAAUAUUGAUUUGUAGGCCUAGUUCAACGGAAUUUGAAGUUUUUUCUCGAAAACCAGAAAAUUUUGCAGGUUGAGAUUCAUAGAAUAAAUUUCUGACACGUCAAGGAAUUUUCUAGCCAAUUUUUUCUAGAAUUUUUCCUUCCUUGAAUUGAAAUAAGCUUGCUUUUUGGGGGAAAUCCAGCAAAAACUGAAUAAAUCGCUGAGGUUUUAAUUUCCCUUCAGGGGGUCCUCUCUCGAAAACUAGAAAGUUGUGCAAAUUGAGUUUUUCCGCUACAUUAAAAACUUUUUCUGGUCAAAUUUUAUAGCUGCUUAGAGCCAUCGAAAAAUAGGUGCUGACACGAUUAGAGAAGAGAUAGUGUAUUGUUGGUGGAGAGCACAGACAGGCCACGCCCAAGUUAGCCGUUAAUCGACUAUAUUUUUAAUUGGUGUUCCGAGUCAUAGUUAUAGCUGAUUCACGACUGGCUUUGAGCCAACGAAAAAUGGGUCCUGACACGGUCAGAAAAGAGAUAGUGUAUUGUUGGUGGUGAGCACAGACAGGCCACGCCUACUUAGCGUCCCAAGCUAGCCGUUAAUCGGCUAUAGAAAUUUCACAGCCUCGAACUGAAAUGAGCUUCCUUUUUGGGCCAAUUCCAAGAAAAACAGAAAUCCGUCUUUUCAGGCCCGGCCCUGAUAGCCAAUUCAACAUUUUCCUUCAAUCGAGGCCACGGGAUCGCCGUGGAAAAUACGACCGAUGCCAGGGUUUUCGUAAACAAUACUCGGAUCGAGGGAAAUUGGGGCGACGGAAUUUGGUACCGGCAGAAAUUCGAGACCAAUCUCGUGCUCCAUGGACUGAGUCUGUGGAUUUCCGAAGAAAAGAAGGAUUUUUUCCGAGUUUUUAGGAGAAAGAAGAGAAAUCGGCCAUCAGGAGGAAGAAGCCGUGAGGAUCGAAAUGUGUUCGAACCAUACGGUCCCCAGGAAUUUGUUCUUUCCCCAUCUGAUCGCGGUUCAUCUCCAAAAUGGAACGCUUAUCGAUCCAAACCUGCCGUCGCCCUGUUGGAUGGUUGGUUUUUUUGAAUGA